UGAUAUGUACGAAGAAGUCUUAAUGGUCUAAGGUAGGCAUUAAUGGUAAAUAGAGGAGGAGAAAGCAUUGAGCAAAGCCACUGUUGGUAGCCUUGUCUCCAUGCUGCAGUCGCAUGUUCCACAGGCAGUUCUGUCGACUCUUCGAAGCAGAUCACGAAGAAACAGGCCAUUGCGGAGCUAACGCAUGGAUGCACCGAGAGUGAAGAAGCGCUUAAAAGAAAAGCUGGGCAAGGUCAGCCAUCGCAUGCCCGCCAGUGUUUGUUCGCCAGGGAAGAAGACAGCUUUUCUGCACGCUCCUUGUCAUAUUGAAGUACCAUGACGUCGUUUUCAGCUGUUCGACGCAUUUCCAAGCAGCGUCACGCUGGAGCAGUCAAUUCGUCGAACAGUUGAUCGGCCUUCGCAGUUGUUGUUGGAUCCGUGUUGGGCCUGACCGCCCGUUAUCGGUGGAUCCAAUGGUUAAUGGAAUUUAGCUAAUUAAUCAGAAAUAAUUAAUACGAAAAAUUCCGCCCUUUUCGUUUCUUACUGUGCGAGUCCAAAGACUUGAGUUCGUUCGUCGAUGCGGUUUAAGUCUGCCCUGUCUUCGGGGAGACCCCCAAAGAGAUGACGGUCGGAUCGCAGAAAGGUAAGAGACGGAGGCGUCCCCCGCCGAGCUCCGACCUCCCCGCAUCGGAUACCAUGGCCCCCACGGCUGCCUCCGAUUUCGGUCGUUGCAAGAGAAGCCGAGGCUACUGUUGCAGGAGAGAACCCUCUCUCCCCGUUGCCCUCGUCGCCCUUUGCACCCUCCUCUUCGUCUACAUCACCUGGAAGCGGAUGACCGUUGCCGUUUCCGUGUCCGCUCCUCCUCGAUUCUACUCCUUUAACAUCGUCAAUGAGUUCCCCCACGACCCUGAUGCUUUCACCCAGGGGCUUGUAUAUGGAGGAAAUGAAACAUUAUUUGAGUCAACUGGUCUCUAUCAGAGAUCCUCAGUCAGACAGGUUCUUCUGCAGACUGGGAAGGUCCAGGUUUCGCACCAAAUGGAUGGAUCCUAUUUUGGAGAAGGUCUAACACUUUUGGGUGAAAGGUUGUUCCAAGUAACCUGGUUGACAAGAACAGGUUUCACAUAUGAUCGAUACAACUUUAGCAAACAACGUAGGUUUACUCAUCAGAUGCGUGAUGGAUGGGGACUGGCAACCGAUGGCAAAGUUAUAUUUGGGACUGAUGGAAGUUCAACACUGUAUCAUCUAGAUCCUCAAACCUUAAAAGUUAUUAGAAGAGUAACUGUAAGAUAUAAUGAUCAUGAAGUUCCUUAUCUUAAUGAGUUGGAGUAUGUAAAUGGUGAAGUAUGGGCUAAUGUCUGGCAGACAGAUUGCAUAGCUAGAAUAUCUCAUAAAGAUGGCAUGGUGCUUAGUUGGAUUCUUCUCCAUGAAUUAAGGCAAGGCUUGUUAAAAUCUGGACACACUGCUAUCGAUGUGCUUAAUGGUAUUGCUUGGGACGAGGAAACAAACCGGUUGUUUGUGACAGGUAAAUUAUGGCCAAAGCUUUAUCAGAUCCACCUUCAUCCAGUUACUGGUCAACUGAAUGGUAGGUUAGAAGACCUUUGUCUUAUAAAGAAUGAAAUUUCAUAGUCAGCCAAGAUGAGUAAGUUCAUCAUGCUCUAUCCCAGUCUACCAAAGUGUACAAGAUCGCGAGGGAUGACUACUACAGAAAUGAGUAGCAAUCUUUUAGUUUCAUAUAUUGCAGAUAUAUCAGCUGAAUUUGGUACUUGUUUUUUUCUUUUUGUGAAUCGCAAAUAUAAUUUUGUAGUUCGUACUCACUGAUUUAUUAAUGCAUGUCCAAUGUAGGCUCUGUAUUAGAGCAUAGUCAAUGUAGGAAUCGCCAACUGGAAGAUAUGGUUCCGAUAAACGUGAGAUCAA